AGCCUGCCUUCCAAAGGGAGGGACCUGUUCCAUUUUGGUGAGAUCCUAGAAGGGAAGGUGUGUGGCAGAAUGAGUGUCAAACCGAAGACCUCAGUCGGAAUCAUCUGGGCUCCUUUUUCAAAAGGACAGGCACGGCAAGGAAUGGAAGAAGGGCCUGCAGUGGUGAAGGAAGCUGGCCUGAUAGAUAAACUAACAGCCCAAGUUCCUUCCACUGUGCUAAUCACAGGGUGUGAUGUUAAAGAUUAUGGAGCCUUGCAGUUUGAUGACAUUCCUGAUGACAGACCAUGUCAUAAUGCAAAAAAUCCCAGAACUGUUGGGUGUGCAAACGAGAAGCUAGCCAGCAUUGUGGAAGAAGUGAAGAAGGAUGGAAGAACCUGUUUGGUAGUUGGCGGGGAUCACAGCUUGGCAAUUGGAAGCAUAUCUGGCCAUGCAAAGAUUCACCCUGAUCUUGGUGUAAUUUGGUUUGAUGCCCAUGCUGAUAUUAACACUCCAUUGACAUCAUUAUCUGGGAACAUGCAUGGGCAGCCUGUGGCUUUCCUGCUAAAGGAACUGAAGGACAAGAUGCCUGAUAUUCCAGGAUUCUCGUGGAUAACCCCAUGCCUCUCUGCUGAAGACAUUGUGUAUAUUGGACUAAGAGAUGUGGACGAAGCUGAACACUGUAUUCUGAAAUCUCUGGGUAUUAAAUACUACUCGAUGACUGAAAUAGAUCAACUUGGGAUUGGGAAGGUGAUGGAAGAAGCACUUGAUUAUUUGCUGGCCAAUAAGAAGAGACCAAUUCACCUAAGUCUUGAUGUUGAUGGCUUGGAUCCCUCUCUGACACCAGCUACAGGCACCCCAGUUCCUGGAGGAGUGACUUUGAGAGAGGGUAUCUAUGUAGCAGGAGAACUUUAUAGAACAGGUUUGCUAUCAGCAGUAGAUAUAAUGGAGAUCAAUCCGUGUCUUGGGAAGACACAAGAAGGAGUUGACUCAACCGUCAACACAGCUGUUUCAAUUAUCUUAUCUUGUUUUGGUAAAGCACGUGAAGGUUCUCAUAGUUCCAGUUACCGUAUACCCAAGCCACAAAAAUCCAUCUGAACAUAUACAAUUAUGUUCCAAGAAGUUUUUCAGUUCUAAAAUACACCUCUACCCCAAUAUAAGGCGACGCAAUAUAACACGAAUUCGGAUAUAAGGCGGUAAAGCAGCGCUCCGGGGGUGGGGGGCAGGGCUGUGCACUCUGGUGGAUCAAAGCAAGUUCGAUAUGAUGCAGUUUCACUUAUAAUGCAGUAAGAUUUUUUUGCUCCCGAGGACAGCGUUAUAUCAAGAUAGAGGUGUAUAAUAUUCUGUUAAUGACAGUUGCUUACUGAAUGACUUUGGUAACCGCAAGCAAAAAAAUAAGCUUUUCAUCGAAGCUCAGCCACUAAUGAGACAAUAAUUCUCACUCAUGCUAAUGGAGGCUGGUGAAGUAAAGUGUCAGAUUUGCUCAUGCUGUUUUCUACUUUAUGACAAAUUCUAAAAGUCAAGUCAAACCAUUUAUUACCACUAUAGCAGUAAAUCACAUUAUUACUUCUAUUUACUGACCCUGUUUUUGUUGCUCUCUAUAAAGCUCUUGGU